AGAGGUCAAAAUUCGUCCACAGCUCUUCCUCACACGCUUCCGAUUAGUCGGGCGUUUGUUUUGCUUCGUACUGGGAUGUAUUUGUGGCGUGUAUUUGUAUCUGUUGGUGGACAGUAAUGACCGGAUUGUACUGAUACAACGUCGUAACUGUCAGAAGUCGUAACUGGUACUUUAUUCAGGAAUAUGGUCGCAGUUAGCUUGUGGCUAACUAAGUAACUUGAGGAGAUGAAGACUGCCAGUAGUAACCCCACCAGCAUCAUGGACAUGUUUGAAAAGGGAAAAGUACUAAAAAUCUGUGCACCAAUGGUUCGAUAUUCAAAGCUGGCGUUCAGGACUCUGGUCAGAAAGUACAACUGUGAUAUUUGCUUCACCCCGAUGAUAGUUGCGGCUGACUUCAUGAGAUCGAUCAAAGCCAGAGACAGUGAAUUCACGACUAAUGAACGUGAUCGGCCCCUGAUAGUGCAGUUUGCUGCCCACGAUGCCCAGACCCUGGCUGAUGCAGCCUGUGUGGUGGCACCUUUCUCAGAUGGAGUCGACCUGAACUGUGGAUGUCCUCAGAGAUGGGCUAUGUCUGCGGGUUAUGGCGCAUGCCUCAUCAAUAAGCCGGAACUUGUUAAAGACAUGGUUAGACUCGUCAGGAACCAGGAUUUGAGGCAGACCGUGGAUCUGUGUCAAAAGGCGGAAUCUGCUGGCGUGUCGUGGAUAACGGUCCACGGACGGACGUCAGAUGAACGUCACCAACCGGUUCAUUAUGAUGCCAUCAAGACCAUCAAAGACAGCGUGUCUGUCCCCGUCAUUGCCAACGGGGACAUCAAGUAUCUCCGUGAUGUGGAGUCCACUCACCACCUUACUGGUGUCGACGGUGUGAUGGCCGCGCGGGGGCUGCUCGCUAACCCUGCCAUGUUUGCCGGAUACGACGAUACACCGUUGGCAUGUGUGUGGGACUGGGUGGACAUCUCAAUUGAGCAGGGCACUCCGUUCACUUGUUUCCACCACCAUCUUAUUUACAUGCUGGAGAGAGUCAGCUCCCAGCCGGAGCGAAAGAUGUUCAAUUCUCUGUCCAGCACCUCAGCUGUUAUAGAUUACCUCCAGAACACAUACGGGUCAGUUCACGACCUUUGAACAUGUAUUUAUGGAGGUUUACAGUUUUGAUUUUAUCUUUUUUUUUCAUAUUUUCUUAAAAAUGCCAAAUAAAAUUGCAAAGC